GGCAACCCCGGUUAAAAACACAAGCGAAACAGCGUGCAGUCAAUGAAAAUCUGUAUAAAUUAUGAUUAUAUUUCUAUUUAAUAUUGCAAGAUAGAUGUAGGGAGGCAGGUUUGACACGUGGUUAGCCUUGCAAAGCUGACAACAUGUGGAAAAGAGCUGGAAAGUCCGUAUUUUUACGCACCGUGGUUGGUUGUGGUGUUUCCAUUGACUUUGUACCAAUAAGGACAUGUCAUAACUACUGUAUCCAUGCUGCUAAUAAGAAGUGGACCAAACCUGAUGGCUACGACACGGGAAUCAAGGUUUUUAACAGUCUGACCAAACAGAAGGAGCCUCUCAUAUUGGCCAGGGAGAAGAUAGCCACCUGGUACAGCUGUGGUCCUACUGUCUAUGAUCAUGCACACCUAGGUCAUGCAUGUUCCUAUGUGAGGUUUGACAUUCUCCAAAGGAUUCUCACCAGGCUGUUUGGGAUCACAGUUAUUCACGCUAUGGUCAUCACGGACAUCGACGACAAAAUUAUUAAGAGGUGUUGGGAGGAAAACAUUUCUCCAACUAUACUGACAAGAAUGUUCGAAGAUGAAUUCAAGAAGGAUAUGCUCUUGUUAAAAGUAGUUCCUCCAAUUGUGUAUCUCAGAGUCACAGAGAACGUUCACCACAUUGUCACGUUUAUUGAACAAAUAAUCAGGAAUGGUCACGCGUAUGCCACAAGUGAUGGUGAUGUGUAUUUUGACAUUCAGUCCAUUGGUGAUCGAUAUGGAAGAUUUAUUGGAGCAAUGCAGUCCCAUGAAACUGGUAGUUCAAACAAACGUGACCCUCGGGAUUUCGCUCUUUGGAAGAAGUCCAAACCCCAGGAGCCAUUUUGGGACUCUCCGUGGGGAAGGGGGAGACCGGGCUGGCACAUCGAAUGUUCCACUGUGGCCAGUUCAGUGUUUGGCAGUCAGCUGGACAUUCACUCUGGGGGCAUCGACCUGGCCUUCCCUCACCACGAGAACGAGAUCGCUCAGAGUGAGGCCUAUCACCAGUGCGGACAGUGGUGCAACUACUUUCUCCACUCAGGCCAUUUACACCUCAAAGGCAGAGCAGAAAAGAUGUCAAAAUCUUUGAAGAAUUACAUCACUAUCAAAGAUUUCUUGAAGUCUUACUCUGCCAAUGAGUUUAGAAUGUUUUGCCUGUUGACAAAAUACAGAUCAGGUAUAGACUAUAGCGAGGGCAGUAUGCAGGAGGCCAGGGCAUCACUAGAGACCGUGUCCACGUUUAUAAACAGCGCUCAGGCCUAUAUGAAGGGUCAGCUCAUCACUGCACCCGUACAGGAGGCUCUGCUAUGGGACAAGCUGGAGGAGACUAAGCUCACCGUACAAACUGCUCUGGCAGAUGACUUUGACACUCCCCGAGCUACCAGCGCUCUGCUCAACCUGGUUUACCAUGGGAACUGUCAGCUUCAGCCCCUCUCCAAGGGUACAGGAGACGCCCGCAGCCCUGCAGUGGUGGGGGCUCUGGUCAGCUACAUCCAGGAGCUCUUUCACAUGUUUGGGAUCGACACUUUCAAAAACACGGAGGGCCAGGCAGUGGAGAGCGGACAGGACCUGGAGGCCGUUGUGGAUCAGCUGGCCCGCUUCAGGAGUGAGGUGCGGGGAUUUGCUCUGAGCCCACAAGAGGGCAGCAGUAAGAUGGGAAAACCCAAGCUGUACCCUGACAGAGUCCCUCUGCUCAAAGCCUGUGACACACUCAGAGACACACUGGCUCCACUGGGAAUAGUCAUCAAGGACAGAGGAGCAUCGUCUACAUGGGAACUCACCCAGAGGAGACUGAAAGGCCCAGAAGAAAACCAGGACACAUCCCAAUAAACUCACUCA